AUGAUCCCCCUCAUUCCCCUCGCCCUCCUCAUCCUCACCUCCUACCUCAUAUACCACUAUGUUAUAAACCCUUACUUCCUCUCUCCCCUAUCUUCUAUCCCCAAUGCCCAUUUCACCUCCCCACUAUCCGGCCGCUGGAUCGACCGCAAGCGCAGCACAGGGACGGAAGUGCUCACCAUCUACGCCCUGCAUCAAAAGCACGGCCCUAUCGUUCGUCUCGGACCGAAAGAGCUGAGCGUCAAUUCUCUCCAUGGCUUGAGGGUAAUAUAUACGGGCGCAUUUGAAAAACACGCCUUCUACAACGAUGUCUUUGUCAAUUUCAACACCGAAAACUUGGUCGGCAUGACGCACAAUGCGCCGCACGCGCACCAGAAGCGCAUGCUGAGUAAGAUCUACUCCAAGUCAUUCCUCCAGGAAUCUGGUGAUCUGCGCACGAUCUCGAAAGUUAUUCUGCGGGACAGGCUUAUGCCUAUCCUCAAGACCGCUGGAGAGGGUGGAGAGGUGUUGAAUGUGCUGCCGCUCUUUCAGGCAGUUGGGAUGGACUUUACCUCCUCUUUCCUCUUUGGAUUGAGGGAAGGAACGAGGUAUUUGUUUAAUAUCCCCGAGUGGAAGAUAUGGUUAGAGGAGUAUGAGCAGUUCAAGUAUUUGAGUCGGGAUGACCGGUAUAUGGGUUUUAUUGAGGCGUGGUGCCUAGAAUUUUGUACCCGGAUAGAGGCGUCGAAAACACAGAAGAUCUUCAGUGAUGAGGGGAAACUACCAUCCACGAACCCGGUCGUCUAUUACCAGCUGCGCCAGAGCCUCCUCGCUCAGAAAGAACACGAUCAGCGUCCGCUUAACCUAGCAAUCGCCUCUGAACUGCUUGACCACCUGGUCGCAGGUCACGAAACCUCAGGUAUCACCUUCACCUACAUGAUGUGGGAGCUGUCGCAACAUCCGGCGCUUCAGGCCAAGCUGCGAAAGGAACUACUCACCUUGUCUCCGUCUCUCCGAGACCUAGAGAUGGACGGAGAGAAUCCUCUCCCCUCACCUUCCGCUAUCGACGCUCUCCCCCUGUUGGACGCUAUGGUCCGGGAGACCCUCCGUCUUCACUCCCCAGCCCCAGCUCAACUCCCCCGCGUCACCCCCACUACAGAAAAAGGGACUUCCCUACACGGGUAUGACAAUAUCCCAGGCGGCGUGAGGGUUAGUUCAACGUCCUACUCCCUCCAUCGCAUCAGCGAUGUGUACCCUCGCCCGUUAGAAUGGCUACCACAACGGUGGAUCGACCCAGGCGACAAGAUUCACGAUAUGAGGCGGUUGUUCUGGCCGUUCGGGAGCGGUGGACGCAUGUGUCUGGGGAGUAAUUUCGCAUUGCAAGAAAUCAAAUUGGUAAUGGCGGCUGUGUACUCAAAUUACACGACAUCCAUCGUGGAUGACGAGGGCAUCGAGCAGGACUACGCGUUUAUUUCGCUGCCGCGCGGGCGGAAGCUGAUGCUGAAGUUUACCCCGGUCGAGGAAUGA